AUGUAUUUGGAUUCACUUCUUGAGCAGCUGAUCUGUCCAGAAUUUGUUAUUGAGUAUCAUAUCUAUAAAUCGAGAUUUUUGGAAAAAGGCAUCAAUGUUAUUCUUGGAAGUAGCGCACAUUCCAGAGGUGUGGGUUUCGCAAAAAACUGUGUACAACAGUGUGGUGGAUCUGUUCUAAUAUUUUGCGAUGCAGAUGAUAUCUCGAUAAAGCACCGCUUUAUCUCAUUAUAUAAUGUUUUGCUUAAUGCACCGAGAUCUUGUUGGUUCAAGACUCGAACGCAUACCAGCUCUGGGUCAACAUCACGUUAUGCUCAGUGGGCUAAUUCACUCAACAGUAAAGAAAUUUAUGAUCAGAUUUUUACUUCUUAUGGUCCCUCAGUGAUUGCUCCAACUUGGUGUAUGUCGAAAAAGCUCUUUAAUAAGGUUGGAGGUUUUCAUGAAGCAGAGCCAGUGGGUUAUCCGGAAGAUUUGCAUUUUUUCUAUGAUGCUUUAAAAAUUGGGGCAGUUUUUAUGAAGAUUGAGAAAUCUUUGGUAAUUUGUCGUUAUCAUCCAAAAUGUGCGUCUCUAGUUGUAACGAAAGAAAUGAUAUGGAAGAUGCAUAGUAAUGUUUGA